UAUGGAUUGACAGUCAUCAUCAACGUUUGGAAAAGAAACGAUCGGUAGAACUAUGGCUCCUCCCUACGUUUGUGUAACCGAUUUUGAAGAAGAAGCUCAUCAGAUUUUAGACAAAAAAAUUGUCGACUAUUAUCGAAGUGGUGCCGGUGAAGAGGUCUCAUUAAAUUUAAAUCGUCAAGCUUUUCGGAGGUUGCGAAUUCGUCCACGCUGCUUGAGAGAUGUUUCUCGUUUGGAUACCACCUGCGAGGUUUUGGGUUACAAAUUAAAAUGGCCAGUUGGCAUUGCACCGUCUGCUAUGCAAAAAAUGGCUCACAAUGAUGGCGAGGUGGGGAAUGCAACGGCUGCCGGUGAAAUGGGGUCCAUAUUUAUUUUAAGCACAUUGUCCACAAUACCCAUUGAAGAGGUUGCCCUAAAGACCCCAGACACAUGCAAAUGGUUUCAACUUUAUGUCUACAAAGAUCGCUCCCUUACCGAAUCCCUCGUACGGCGUGUUGAGAAGGCAAAUUUCAAAGCCCUCGUACUUACCAUCGAUUCUCCUGUUUUCGGUCAAAGAUGGACAGAUGCCAGAAACAAAUUCAGUUUGCCAACCCAUUUGGAGUUGGCCAAUUUUCAAUCAUCAGCUUCGGAUAUGAGAACCACAAGUGAAGAUGGCAUGUCGGCGGUACAUGAAUAUGUUUCGAAUCAAUUCGAUGCUACACUCACCUGGAAAGAUGUUGAAUGGCUAGUGAAACUGACACAUUUGCCAGUCGUGGCAAAGGGUGUGCUAACCGCCGAAGAUGCAGUUUUAGCUCGUGAAUUUGGUUGUGCUGGUGUCAUUGUGUCAAAUCACGGUGCUCGACAUUUGGAUUCUAUACCAGCCAGUAUUGAGGCACUUCCAGAAGUAGUGAAAGCGGUGGGCAACGACAUAACUGUUAUGUUUGAUGGCGGUAUUCGCCAAGGAAACGACAUCUUCAAAGCCUUGGCGUUGGGAGCUAAAAUGGUAUUUGUGGGCAGAGCGGCGUUGUGGGGUUUGGCUUGCGGUGGUACAGCAGGCGUUAAGGAAAUGAUGCGUGUACUGAAACGUGAUCUAGAAAUAACAAUGGCAUUGGCAGGAUGUCAGACCUUGAAUGAUAUCCAGAGGAGGAAUGUUGUUCACGAGUGUGAAUAUGCCAAACUGUAAAGGUGCAAAUACAUAGAAGGCUUUACUGCCUGGUCGCAAAAGAACUAAGGAGAUUUAUGUUGACUUAGUUCAAGUUCGGCUCAAUAUGUAUACUUAUUCACCCUACACUCCUUUGUUCUUUUACGAAAAACCAGCCCAUGGCUUAAGCAUGCAAAACACUUAUUCUAUGUGUUCUCACCUUAAUUCAUUUUUAAUAACCAAAAAUAUACAUUUAAUUUUAAAAAUUGA